AUGUAUAUAGAAGCUACAGGGUGCAUCAUCAGUCCUCUCAAUCUUUCAGUUUACAAGCCUGUGCUGAUUAUGGACCAUCUGACCCGAACUUGUGGGUUUGUCAUAGUUGCUAGUCUUCUAGACAAAAAGUGGAGGCGACUCGAAUUCCCUUAUGACAUCCGCUCAGUCAGAAGAGGUGGAAAUAGAGGUGGAGUUACACUGCAUGAACGAAUUCACUAUAUGGUACGGGUAGAAAAACCCUACUUUGGAACUCGUAACCAUGUAAUUUAUUUUGAUCCCAUCACUGAAACCUUCCAUAAGUUACUGGUCCCUGAGUCUGCUCACCGAGAGAAUGUUACAGUUGGAUUAGGAGUUGUAAAUGAAUGUCUUCGUAGGAUCAUGACUUGUUUGGAUGAUGAUAAAAACGAGGAAUUUAUGAUGAAGGAAUAUGGAGUAAAGAAAUCAUGGACAGUCUUAUUUGACAUAAAAAAAUUUAAAAUAUAUUCGCCUUGGGGAUUUGCAGCGCGCCUUCUCGUGACCGAGAAUAAAGAAUUACUGGUUUUUAUGAUACAUGAUCGUCGGUUUAAAGUUGGUAUAUACGAUCUACAUUGUAAUAUGGGAGACAUUAAUUAUGUGGAAAGCUUGAUCUCGCCAAAGGAAUACAAGUGGAUUGAGAAGUGGCACAUUAAAUUUGGACGGCGAUUGAAAAAGAUUUGGUAA